CCUUCCUCAUCAUUUCUCUCUACCCAUAGAGCCUAAAGCAGAAAAAAGGUGGACUCUAGAAGAAGAAAAAAUGAGCUGCAAUGGAUGCAGAGUAUUACGAAGAAGAUGCAGUGACAAUUGUACCUUAAGGACGUGUUUGGAUGGAAUUGAUGAUCCUCGCGCACAGGGUAGCGCUACUCUCUUCGUCUCCAAGUUUUUUGGCCGUAGCGAUCUCAUGGCCUUCAUCGCCGCUGUUCCCCAAAAUCGAAGACCUGCUUUGUUUAAAUCGCUAUUGUUUGAAGCGUGCGGGAGGACGGUGAAUCCGGUGACCGGUGCGGUAGGGCUUUUAUCGACAGGUAACUGGCACGUGUGUCAAAAGGCGGUGCAGACGGUUCUCGCUGGUGGAAAUCUACAGCCGGUUUUCGCCGGAAUUCUAACUCCGCCUUACUUCGAUGAUUCCUCCGAAUCCUUCCACUGCGGCGGCGCGUGGGAUAUUCCAAACCAGUUCUCAAAUAAAUCGGGAUCGUUCAUAGACGGAUCGGAUCACAUCGAAGCAACGGAGUGGAUCAGUUCGGAGAAGAGAUGGAAUGCAUCGUCGUCUUUUGGUUCGGAGACUGAGUUAUCGGAUGUAUCCUUGGGUUUGGAUAGUGGAAAUGGAUAUGCAGAGGCUGUGAAAGGGGAAGAACCGAAACUUCUAAAUCUCUUCGUUUGAAACUUUCAAACGAACCGAUGAUUUUGCUUGAUCGAGAUUGCUAAUUUCUGUUGGCAAUGAGUAAGAAAAUAAAAAUAAAUAAGUAAUAUUAGUGUAGUAGUUUUUCAGUUGAGUUUGGAAAUUUUGAGUUCGAACUCAGUUGGAAAAUCGGAAACUGUAAUGAUCUAAACACGAGUUUUUGGAGUGUCAAACUGACCCUCUUUUUUGGCUGAAUAACUAUAUAUUAUACUUGCAUGAAUGAAAUAAACAUGAUUUGUACUUCAUAUGCAUAAGUACUGUUUGUUUCA